AUGAGUUCUUCCUUGGACUCUCCCGUUCUAACUCCAUCGACUCCGUCUGAUCCACUUCCUCUACGAAGCUGCACCUUUUGCCGCCAGCGGAAAGUCAAAUGCGAUCGUCAAAAACCCUGCUCUAACUGCAUUCGCGCCAAUAACGACUGUUCAUAUCCCGCUGGUCGUGGUAGAGCUGCGAAGAAGUCUACUCAAACGCUGGAUGCUCCUCUUGUGGAUCGGCUCCAAAAAUUGGAGAACAUCAUCAAGCAACUUACUAGCCAGGUCGAUGCCACAGCAAAUGCUCUUCCAUCUAGUAGUGGUACAGAUGGAGAAAGUGUAUCGACACCCGGUGGCACGAGGAAUAACCCGUCCGGAGUGGACAAUCCUGCUCCUGAUGCUUCCAUCGAUCAGCAACUUGGCCGUCUGAUGAUAGAUGAUAGCAAGAGCUACUACGUCAGUAACAUUAUAUGGGCCAACUUAGGAAAUGAAAUCGAAGAAUUGCGCGACAUGCUACACGACCCUCUGUCUGAAGACGAUGUCGACAAUCCUCUCGAUGCAUCUGGGCCCAUACCAGAGGUAACCUCUCCUCUUGGAACGAGCGCUUCAAUUCUUGGAUUCCAAUCCCUCUGUCAUUCUCUUCUCACCUACCACCCGCCUAUGCACCUAUCAGUCACUCUCUUGAACAUCUUCAUCGAGAAUGUCCUUCCACUGGUGCAUAUCUUUCACAUGCCCACCACAGAACAGUGGUUUUGGGACUCCGUCGUCUCUCUCGAGACACUCGACAGAAACUCAGAAGCCUUGCUAUUUGCCAUCUACUACUCAUCUGUCAUCAGCAUGGAUGAAGGCCAGUGCAUGGGCGUCCUCGGGGAGUCGCGUUCUACUUCGCUAAACAAGUUCCGCUUUGCAGUCGAGCAAGCUAUGGCGCGCGCCAACUUGCUGAACACGCAGAGCCUCGUUCUUCUCCAGACUGCUGUCCUAUUCCUCUCAGGUCUACGAAACGAAGACGACUCUAGAACGACAUGGUCUUUGACAUCACUGAUUUUUCACAUCGCCCAAGCCAUGGGCCUGCAUCGUGACGGAACAACCUUUGGGCUCAAACCAUUCGAUAUCGAACUACGGCGACGACUCUGGUGGCACAUUUGUCUACUGGACAUGCGCUCUUCUGAGUUUCACGGCUAUGAGCCUAUAGUGCGAGGCGACAUGUUUGACACAAAGCUUCCCCUCAACAUCAAUGAUAGCGAUAUCACCCCCCAUAUGACGGAAUCUCCUAAGGAGCAUGAAGGAUACACUCAAAUGACGUUCUGUCUUAUCCGUUGCGAGGUGAUGAACGCGGGUUGGAAGGUUGGAUAUGCAUCACCGACUCCAAGCUCGACAGCCACUGCAGCACGAGGUGAUGGGGAACUAAUUGUCCAAGAGCUCAAGAGCCGAUUAGAGGAACGCUAUCUACGUUACUGUGAUGAAUCCGUGACAUUCAUGCUGUUUACAUCGAAGGUCGCCCAACUCAUCGUUGCCCGCACAGGGCUCAUCGUUGGCUUCCCAAGGAAGCAAAGGGAAGCAUACACCUCGACCGUCAUCCGAGAUCAACUGUUUUCCACCUCAAUGGAGGUUCUCGAACUUUCAAGUUUUAUCUUGACAAACACCAGUAUUUCGAAGUGGACGUGGCACUCUAAAGCGCAUAUCCAGUGGCAUGCAGCCAUCUUUGUCCUUUCUGAAAUCUCAUCUCGUCCGGCGUCUGCGGAAUGCGACCAAGCAUGGCAGUAUAUUAACACGGUUCAUAAUCGAUGGGGCAUGAACGAAAGAGGUAAGAGAGGGAACCUCUGGAGGCCGAUUCAGAGACUCAUGGUUAAGGCUCGUUAUGUAAGGGAGAUGCAACAACUAGAUCCGGGUUUUCAUCUUCCUAGAAGAAUGGCUAUGACUGAUGCGACGCCCGUACAACCUGGAAGUGCUGGAUCCCAGCAGGAAACUCAAGAUUCAUAUGGUAUGCCUGACAUGGCGAGUCCGAACGCGUAUAUGGACUGGAUGCUGGGAGAUCUUGGUAUAGACCUGUACGGUGGAACGAUGAAUGGACCUAGCUGGGGCUAG